ACAGAUAUUUCGUUAACAAUCCCCAUCAUUCUUCUCCGAGAUGCAAUUGGCCAGAAUGAUGUUAAUCCUCAUCAUCAUCAGCUGUCCAGGUCAACACCAACAGACAGCGGUUUCGACUGUUGCUAUAGGGCCCGAUUGCCAUUGGCCGCAUGGUUGACAGUCCCGAUCCCGCCUUGUCAGCUUGUCAACCGCCUUGGCGGGGUUCGAACGGUGGAUGCGGAAACGGGGUCUCUUCCAUCAUGA